AUGUCCAUGCUCUCGAAGCCUAAUAGAGGGUUUUUGUUGGAUGUGGACCGCAAUCCUAUUCUCCAUGCUAUCUUGAAGAAGACAUUCUACGAGCAAUUUUGCGCCGGGGAGAAUGCAGCCGAGACAAAAGCCACCAUCAAACAGUUGAAGGACAUGGGUUUCAGCGGUGUCAUCAUGACUUAUGCCAAAGAGACUGUAUUUGAUCAUCGCACCAAUACUCAGCAGGGACUGGGUGUUGCCGCGGUGGAUGCAGAGAAGAAUGGCGAAAAGAUGGAUCCGCGCCUGGCGCACUGUGCCAACAUUGAAGCGUGGAGGAAGGGAACUUUGGACACCGUCGAGCAUCUCGAAGCUGGAGAUUACCUGGCUGUCAAGUUAACCGGGGCUGGUCCUGCGGUAAACGAAGCUUUCUCCAAGGGAGAUCUCCCACCAACACAGAUGAUUGACGCCAUGAGCGAAAUCUGCAGAAAAUGCAAAGAGCGCAACGUGCGGGUUCUAGUCGAUGGCGAGUCCCAGCACUUCCAAUGGGGAAUCUUGCGGUUAACUCUAGACCUCAUGCGGACGUUUAACCGGGACGGAUACGCCGUCGUCUACAAUUCUUACCAAGCUUACUUGAAAAGUAUGUCGAACACACUGGCCGCGCACCUUGCAGCUGCUCAGAAGGAAGGAUUCACACUGGGGAUGAAGGUGGUUCGAGGUGCCUAUAUGGCCUCGGAUGAACGAGCUCUCAUCCACGAUACGAAGGAGGACACCGAUAAUGCCUUUAAUGGAAUUUCUCAGGGAGCGCUGAAGCGGACUAUUGGCGAGUUUGGAACUACCAUCCCUUUCCCCUCUGUCAAUCUCUUCCUGGCUAGUCACAACCGGGAGAGCGUGAUGGCCGCCCACCAGUUGCACCAACAACGCACCCAAGCCGGACUGCCUACUGUCCCCGUUGGCUUCGCUCAGCUGCAUGGAAUGUCCGAUGAAGUGAGCUUCUCACUCCUAGCACUGAAAGGAAGCGAUGGUAGCCCUCAAGUCUACAAGUGCUCGACCUGGGGCAGAAUGGGCGAGUGCCUGGCAUAUCUGUUGCGAAGAGCGAUUGAGAACCGUGAUGCAGUGCUACGGACGACUGAUGAGUAUAACGCGCUCAAGGCGGAAUUAAAGCGGAGGCUGAAAGGGGGAUUUUCUUUUGCCACGCAGAAAUAG